ACUGAAACUGAAACUGAAACUGAAACUGAAACUCUCCUUUCAACUUUCAACACUCCUUGUUUUCAGAAUAACAUGAACAAACAUUUUGUUAUUUUAAACACUCUUUUAAUGUAUUUUUCUGUUUAUAAAUCUUAUCCGAUCUAUAUUUAUAUUUCUUUUUUAGGUGUUAAAAAGCACAGCGAGUGUUCAUAACAUUUUUCUUCCGUUAAAUGUUCUAGUGAGAUUCAUUCAUUCAUUCAUUCCCAUUGUCUUGUCCCAACAACAUGGAAAACCAACAACCAGCGAACAAGACCACCAAUCUCUUGAACCACCUCGUGAAGGAGCUCCUCUACGCCAUCCUCGACCACCUCGACGAAGACCCUUUUGCCCGAAAGUCCCUCUCCCAAUCCUGCAAGUCCUUCCACGCGCUCGAAGCCACGCACCGCACCAACCUCAAGCCACGCCGCCUCGAGUUCCUCCCACGAACCCUCCACCGCUACCGUUCAAUCUCGCACCUCGACCUCACGCUCUGUCCCUGCGUCGACGAUAACACGUUAAAGUCUCUCUCCCUCGCUUGGAACUCUUCCCUGCGUUCCAUUGACCUCUCGAAGUCGAGGCUGUUCUCGCACGUGGGGCUGUCGGCUCUGGCCAUGAACUGCACGUGCCUCGUUGAGGCUGACUUGUCUAACAGGCCUGACCUCACUGACGUGGCCGCCAAGGCAAUCGCCGAGGCUGUGAACUUGGAGAGGCUGUGCUUGGGACGGUGUAAGGGAAUCACGGACUUAGGGAUUGGGUGCAUAGCUGUUAGGUGUAGUAAGUUGAGGCACGUUGGAUUGAGGUGGUGCAUUCGGGUAACUGAUUUUGGGGCCGGUUUGAUUGCUAUUAAAUGCAAGGAGAUUCGGAGUUUGGAUCUUUCUUAUUUGCCGAUCACAGAAAAAUGUCUUAAUCAUAUCCUUCAAUUAGAACAUCUAGAAGAUUUGAUUCUUGAACACUGUCUUGGCAUUGAGGAUCAUGGCCUUGCAACCCUCCAAGCAAGCUGCAAGUCAAUGAAGAUGCUUAACUUGUCGAAAUGUCAGAACAUUGGUCAUAUUGGCAUAGCUUCUCUUACAAGUGGUUCUCAGAAUUUAGAAAAGCUUAUCUUAUCCUCCAGCGUGAUUGUUACUACUGAUCUAGCAAAAUGUCUGCAAAGUUUUUCAAGACUGCAAUCGGUUAAACUUGAUAGUUGUUUGGGUACAAAGUCAGGAUUAAAAGCCAUCGGUAAUUUGGGUGCCUCACUCAAAGAACUGAACUUAAGUAAAUGUGUUGGAGUCACUGAUGAGAAUCUCCCGUUCCUUGUGCAACCACACAAAGAUCUAGAGAAGUUAGACAUAACAUGCUGUCACACGAUAACACAUGCAUCCAUAUCCAGCCUAACAAAUUCAUGUUUAAGGCUUACUUCCCUUAGAAUGGAGUCUUGUAGCUUGGUCAGCAGAGAGGGUUUCUUGUUUAUUGGACGGUGUCAACUGUUGGAAGAAUUAGAUGUCACAGAUACUGAAAUUGAUGAUCAAGGGCUUCAGUCAAUCUCAAGAUGUACCAAACUUUCUAGUCUGAAGUUGGGCAUAUGUUCGAUGAUAACUGAUAAUGGACUUAAGCAUAUUGCAAGCAGUUGUUCAAAGCUCAAACAACUUGAUCUCUAUAGGAGCUCAAGAAUAACUGAUGAGGGAAUUGUUGCAAUUGCCCUCGGUUGUCCUUCACUUGAGGUUGUUAACAUUGCUUAUAACAGCAACACCACAGAUACAUCAUUAGAGUUUCUUUCAGAAUGCCAGAAACUAAGAACUCUAGAAAUCCGAGGGUGCCCUCGUAUUUCACCAAAGGGUCUCUCAAAUAUUGUUGCCAGGUGUAGGUAUCUUGAGAUGCUGGACAUAAAGAAGUGUCACAAAAUUAAUGAUACUGGAAUGAUUCAGUUGGCUCAACAUUCUCAAAACCUAAAACACAUAAAACUGUCAUAUUGCUCAGUAACAGAUGUGGGGCUCAUUGCACUUGCUAGCAUAAGCUGCUUGCAGCAUAUAUCCAUUUUUCAUGUGGAGGGUUUAACUUCAAAUGGCCUAGCAGCUUUCCUUUUGGCUUGUCAAACUUUGACUAAAGUGAAAUUACAUGCAUGCUUUGAGUCAUUAAUACCUCAACAAAUUCUAAAAUACAUGGAAGCUCGUGGCUGUGCGCUUGUUUGGAGGGAUAAAACGUUUGAAGCUUCCGGGUGGGACUAGAUCGAAAAAGAUGGAAGCUACAUGCUGGAAGGAGUUUGAAAGUUCCAUAAGCAGAAACCAAUGCUAGGUUUUAGUUUUGUUGGCAAUUGGCUUCACAAAAGCUUCGGAUGUUUAAUUUUUAAUGGUACAUUUUUGUCAGAAAGUGAAAAUCUAUGUAUUAAUUUUUGGCAAAAACAAAAAUGUUAUGCCAAAUCUUUGUUUGGUCGUUCUGAAAUAUACAACAAUGACAAAGUUGUAGCUGCUAGGCUUGUCUUGUCUCAACAUUGGAGGAAGCAAUUAAAAAACCUCCUAAGGGAUACAUGGGACAAAAAGUGCAUAAGUCUCAGUCAAAGAUUUUCAUUGUUGGCUUUUCAAAAACAUUAAUAGUCAAAAUGGAUAUGAUAUGGCUGAUUUAUCCCUAAUUGUAAUAUUUUGACGGGUUCAAUAUAAUUCCCUCCCUCAAAAGUCAA